GCAGCUGGACGCUCCAAGGAAACCAACGACACAGCCCUCAGGCAUGACGUCGUCGCGCUGGUUUCCGGAUCCCGACCGAAGAUCAGAGGGCUGGUUCCUCACAGGCAGCGCAGCACCGCUGAUGGCACUGCUAGCAGUCUACGUGUACACCGUCAAGGUACUGGGGCCACGGGCCAUGAAGGGCCGAAUGCCGUUGCACAUCAAGCCACUGGUGCUAGCGUACAACCUGUUCAUGGUGCUCAACUGUGCCUUCUUCCUAGCCGAGUUCGUGCGGCUAGCGUUUAUCGAGAACGGCUACAGCUUGUUGCUGCAGGAGGUCGACUCGUCUCUGCGGCCAGCCACCAUGCGGCUCGUGAGCCUCUCGUGGUGGUACUACAUGUUUCGCAUCUUUGAGUUCACGGAGACCAUCUUCUUUGUACUGCGCAAGAAGUUUGGACAGGUGAGCGGUCUGCACGUGGUCCACCACUGCGUAAUCGCAUGGAACAUGUGGAUCUGCGUGACGUACGGGGCCCAGGCGCAGACCAUCUUCGUGACGUGCAUGAACACACUGGUGCACUUGGUCAUGUACUCCUACUACUUCCUCGCUGCACUUGGUCCGCGUGCCCAGCGGUUUCUCUGGUGGAAGCGGUAUCUCACGCAGGUGCAACUCGUGCAGUUCGUCGUUCUGAUGGUGCACAACUCACUCCCGCUGUUCUUCGCGGGACAUUUUGUGCGCUCAUUCUCGGUCAUCCUCGUCGUUGAGGGGCUCAUCUUCUUCGCAUGGUUCUCGGCCUUUUACCUGGAUACCUACAGACGUUCCAAGGAGGCAGUCAUGAUCUUCGAAUGUCACAAGACCGACUGAACAGGCAACGUCAACAUCAGUGACUCGGGCACUUUGUGUUCGCAUCUGAGAGUGGAGGAUCAAAUAUGGUUCCACACACAAAAUUU